CUUAACUUGGCCUAGCAGACGACGCGAAACUGAUGACGUCAUACACAGGAGGCCAUAAUGGCUGAUGCUUCCAAAAGAGCAAGUUGUGAAGUUCUCUCGACCAGUCAUCAUGCGGUUUGCCAAUGCUUCCUAGGCCCUCUCUUGGCUUAUACGACUACAACGGACUAGCAGAAGACUUGGAUUCCCUUGUGGAUUGCCUCAUGGCUGUCAACAUGGUCAACGGGCUCGGUUUCACCGUAGAAUCCCGGCAAGAUGAGGAAACUCACCUCCUCCUUCGUUCCGCAUCCAAUGUCGUCGCCAUUCACGGAUCUGACGAGACGGCCACGUUGAAUGUGAACGUUGUCGAUGCGAAUCAGAGCAAGCCUGUGACUACCGGGAGUCCGCCGUCCUACCAUGACUAUUUGCGAUGUCAGACCCAAACUUUCCCCAGUGUUAACUCUAGGCCUAACAAGGAGAAAGAGCCUGUGAACCGAAUUCCCAAUUCCUAUGAUUUUGAUCAUCGGUACACGUCAUUUGGGAACGAUUGCGAUCGGAAAGAUGGGAACUGUCGACCAGCCAGUAACAGCAGUGAGGAUCUUGAAGAAAAUUCCUAUUCUCAACCUGUGUCACAAGAGAGUCACUUUGCUUUGAAGGAACUUCUUGCAAGUGCGUUAGACUUCAUCACCGAACUGAAGGAAACUCUGACGGGGAGAGAUAGACAAAUCCAAGCAUUGAAGGCUGAAAAUGAAACACUACGACGGCAGAUUGGACGCCAGGCAAGGAGAUCCAGAGCAAAAGGUGAAAGUGAAGAAGCCAAGAGUACUGUUAGCGAAGGAAAUACACAUUCAUCUGCCCCUACCAAGGUCCGGAAGUCUGUGAUCUCUGCCUCACCAACUCCAGCUACAAGCUCCAGGACACAAUCAGAGAAGUACCAAGAAGAUAAAGAAAGUGCCAAUACAUCAGAAGAUUCCUCAGAACCUCCAUUAACCCGUUCCAGGGAUAGAAAGCCUGUGAAGCAGGAGAAGCAUUCCUCACGGGUGGAGACUUCAGAAGAGACAGAAAGACCAAGUGGCCCUAUGUUGAGGGAUUCCACUCAUAAUCGGCAUUCUGGUGUGAAGCAUGAGGAGAUGAAGCCCCUGUUGACAAGGAAGCACUAUGACAGAGGAGCAUCUCUUAGUGUCCAACGCCUACACAGUCAUACCGACAGGGAAUCGUUACAUCACUCGGAGGAGGGAGUGGUGGAGCUCCCAGGAUGGCAGUCAAAUCCCUUAUCUCGUCUCUUCUGCCUGGAAGGCACAGAGGACUUGAGUGAUGAUGUCUUCACCAAACGUCACAUGAAACCGGAGAAUGAUGAGAAGCGCCGGAAACGGUGGGACAUGCAGCAGCUUCGCGACCAGAAGCAGUAUGAGAAGUUAAAGCAGAAGUAUGAAAAGCAGGAAAGGAAGCAGCGUCGCGACGAAGGAAAAGAAGACGUUCCGCAUUCGUUCUACCCUAGCCCCAAGCGUCUGCGUAUGCUUCACGUUUCCGAUACCGAUGAAAUUCCCGUCUGUGCCUUUGGUGUUCCUCUUCCUGAUCUCUCUGACAAGUAUUUUUCAUUGCCAUGGGGUCCCAAAGCAAACGAGGUUACGAAAAGGGAGAAGGAAGGUGAUGGUGGUCGAAGGCAGCGUCGCAGAUGAGGCGAGUCCAGCCGUCUAGUCCCCCGAUCCGCCGUUCUUGGAUGUGGAUAAAACUGCCUGUGAUCCCAAUCAAUCAACAUUGAUUCCAAUGAGAUCUUCUCUUACAUGAGUUGCUCCCCAAUCCCCAACCCCACCUCUGUUCUGUUUUCUGGUUGUUUGUUGUCUCCAAAGAAGAAUUCUUGUAGCAACAAGAUCUUACCACUUCUUGUCUCAUUUGUUAAAAACUUAGUUUUUUAUUUGUAUGUGCUGACCUGACCUGGAUGGCAUAUGAACCAUGCUUAUGCCACUGUUUGACUGCAUGAAAGUUGAAUGUGACAACAUUUGCAGGCCAUUCUCUUCUUGUUGCUCAUCAUCAUGUGGCAGUUAGUGUUUUGUUGCCCAGUCAGAAAAGGAAUGAAACUUGAUGACAAAAAUUUACAGAACUGUAAGAACAUUUUUGCUAGCUGUUGAGGUAUAAGUUGACUUGAAAAUGUCUAAAGAAUUUUUUUAAGUCUCCUCAAAACUGUAUUUUCAGAAGUCUUUGCUCUAAAUUGCCAUACCUCAACAGAAAACCAAGAAUUUUGAAGGUACUUGCUUUUCGCAUGGAGUUGAUCAAAGUAUAGGGU